CAAAAUGGUAUAUAUUAUGAAGAAAAAAAAGGGAGAAUCACAUCAGUAACCAGUCAUCGGUCAUCGCUUCAGGCCGCCGCCCGGUCUAGUGUCACAGAAGUGCAACGAGCCCUUCCGGUUGUCUUGCCAAGAAAUCCGGUUCGACCAAAAAAGAAAACAGCAAAUAACCGGAUCAUUCGGUUGGCUAACCAUAAAACGAGUAAACGUAACCGACUGUCGUUGCCCUAACCGGCCCAUCCCGUUGCGAAAAGGAAAACCAGCGCGUUUUCCUGCCCUAAAAAAUUCAAACCCUAAACCCAACUCGGUUUCUUUUGUUUUGAGCAAGCCGAACCCGCCUUUGUCCUACAAAGUAUUCAACUUGGAGUAAGAAUUUUAAUCAACCUGUGCUUUUUGUGGACGGUGUCUGUUGAGAUUGCACAAAUGAACUUCGGUUUGCAACCAGUUCCUAUAACGCCCCAAAAACACGACCCAGCAUGGAAACACUGUCAAAUGUUUAAGAAUGGGGAUAGAGUGCAGCUCAAAUGUUUGUACUGUCACAAACUUUUUAAGGGUGGUGGGAUUCAUAGAAUAAAAGAACACCUUGCUGGUCGAAAGGGUAAUGCUUCUACUUGUCAUAGUGUUCCUCCUGAGGUUCAGAAUCUAAUGCAAGAGAGCUUAGAUGGGGUUAUGAUGAAGAAGAAGAAAAGACAGAAGCUUGAUGAGGAGAUGACUAAUGUGAAUGCCAUCACCGGUGAGGUAGAUGCAAUUACCAAUCAUAUGGAUAUGGAUUCUAGUUUUCAUUUGAUUGAAGUUGCUGACCCAGUUGAAACCAGUUCAGGUUUGUUGGUCAAUCACGAGGAAGGAUCGAGUAAUAAAGUGGGAAGGAAAAAGGGUAGUAAAGGUAAGAGUUCUUGCGUGGAUAGAGAUAUGAUUGUUCUUCCAAAUGGUGGUGGUAUAUUAGAUUCUAACAAGCUCAAUAAUCAAGUGCAUAUGGCAAUUGGGCGAUUUUUGUUUGACAUUGGGGCAUCUCUAGAAGCAGUGAACUCUGCCUAUUUCCAGCCAAUGAUAGAAUCAAUUGUUUCAGCAGGUACUGGGAUUAUACCGCCCUCAUACCAUGAUAUCCGGGGUUGGAUACUAAAGAAUUCAGUGGAAGAAGUGAGGAGUGAUUUUGAUAGAUGCAAAGCCACAUGGGGCGACACCGGUUGUUCUGUCAUGGUCGAUCAAUGGCGCACGGAAGCAGGUCGAACCAUGCUGAUUUUUUUGGUGUAUUGCCCUGAGGGAACAGUGUUUUUGGAAUCAGUGGAUGCAUCUGGAAUUAUGGAUUCUCCAGAUUUGCUUUACGAGUUAUUCAAAAAGGUGGUUGAACAAGUAGGGGUGAAACAUGUACUGCAGGUGAUUACUAGGUUUGAAGAAAACUAUGCUAUUGCUGGUAGAAAGCUUUCUGAUACAUAUCCAACCCUCUAUUGGACCCCAUGUGCUGCUAGUUCUGUGGAUUUGAUUCUUGGGGAUAUAGGGAACAUUGAGGGUGUAAAUACUGUUAUUGAACAGGCUCGAUCGAUUACAAGAUUUGUCUAUAACAAUACUAUGGUUUUAAGCAUGGUCAGAAGGUAUACUUAUGGGAAUGAUAUCAUAGAGCCUUGUACCACAAGAUCUGCCACAAACUUCGCCACGUUGAACCGAAUGGUUGAGCUGAAACGAUGUCUGCAGACCAUGGUUACUUCUCAAGAGUGGAUGGACAGCCCAUAUUCAAAGAGGCCAGGGGGACUGGAAAUGUUGGAUUUAAUCAGCAGUGAAUCAUUUUGGUCCUCGUGCAAUUCAAUUAUUCGUUUGACAAACCCUUUAUUGAGAGUUUUGAGAAUAGCAGGUAGUGGGAAGAGGCCCGCAAUGGGAUACAUUUAUGCAGCAAUAUAUAAUGCUAAACUAGCUAUUAAGACAGAACUUGUUGACAGAGAGCGUUACAUGGUCUACUGGAACAUUAUAGAUCAGAGAUGGGAACACCAUUGGCAUCAUCCUCUUCAUGCCGCUGGAUUCUACUUGAACCCCAAGUUCUUUUAUAGCAUUGAAGGAGAGAUGCAUAGUGAAAUCAUGUCAGGGAUGUUUGAUUGCAUUGAAAGACUGGUUUCUGAUACAAAGAUUCAAGAUAGUAUAAUAAAAGAAAUGAACUUGUACAAGAAUGCUGAUAAAGAUUUGGGAAGAAAGAUGGCCAUCAGAACAAGAGAAACACUUCUUCCAGCUGAGUGGUGGUCUACAUAUGGAGGAAGAUGCAAAAAUUUACAAAGCUUGGCCACUCGAAUUCUAAGUCAAACCUGCUCCUCGGUGGGGUUUCAGCAAAAUCAAAUCCUUUUUGAUAAGUUACAUGACACUAGGAAUCACAUUGAACAUCAACGUCUUAGCGACCUUGUAUUUGUGCGCUUCAACUUGCAACUUAAACAAAUGGCCGCUAAAGCCAAUGAACAGCAUCCGGUCGACCCCCUUUCGUUCGAUGGGCUCGGUAUUGUUGACGACUGGGUUUGGAGAAGGGAUUUAUGUGCAGAGGAUUGCGGGAAUCUGGAAUGGACAAUACUCGAUAAUCCUCCUUCCAGUUCCACUAUGCUUUUACCCAUGAAUGAUGACUAUGAUGACUUGCCUGCAGGGUUUGAUGACUUGGAGGUUUUUAAAAGGCAGAGGGAGAGUGAAGAUGACACUAUUUCUUAACACGAAGCUUGCAAUGCCUGCAAGCAAGUCGCACCAUUUCUGUUGGUACAUGAUCUUACUUGCAGAAUGAAUGUUGUAUGCUUCUGUAGUAGAAUAGGUCACUAGGUCACUGUAACCUAUUACUGAGCUAAGUAGUUCGUAGAUCACAAGGCUUUUUAGGCAACUUAUGGUUUAGAUUAUUCAGAUUAGAGCUGUAUAUUGCAAAGGAUGGAGGGUCUUUGAGCCUGAAUGAUUAUACCAUCAUCUCUAUAGAUAUAUGAUGCUGUUCUUGGUAA